UCUAGGAACUACGCUUCUUCGAGAUGGUGCUUGAACGAGCUGGUGGAGAUCUUAAGGUGCAAGGAACCGGAGAGAGUGGUGACGGUUUUCUACGGAGUUGAUCCGUAUCAUGUUCGAAGGCAGACAGGAUAUUUUGGACGGAAAUACAAACGAGCCUGUCGAGGAAUGCCCAAGGAGCAGAAGGAGAUAUGGAGCAAAGCCUUGACAUUUGCCGCGAAUAUAAAGGGCGAGCAUUCUAAAAGAUGGGAUAACGAAGCGAAAAUGAUUGAACGGAUUGCCUCCGAUAUAUCGGCGAAACUGAAUGAUACACCGCCAAGGGAUUUUGAUGGACUCGUUGGAAUGGAAGCACACUUGGAGAAAUUGUCUUCUAUGCUGAGCCAAGACCCUGACGAAGUGAAGAUGGUAGGAAUAUGGGGUCCUCCAGGUAUUGGCAAGACGACGAUUGCUAGAGCUUUAUUUGAUAAAAUUUGUGGUGACUUUCAAUCUUGCAUUUUUAUGGAGAACGUCAAGGGAAUGUACGGAAGAAUCGAUCUCGACGAUCAUGGUUUAAAGAUGCGUUUACAAAAGCAAUUUCUAUCUGAAAUCUUCGACCAAAAGAAUACAAGGGUAAAGCACUUAGGCAUAGCGAAAGAGAGGCUAAAGGAGAGAAGAGUGCUUGUUGUUCUUGAUGAUGUGGACCAUGUAGAGCAACUCAAUGCCUUGGCUAACCAAAGCGAAUGGUUUGGCUCCGGAAGCAGAAUUAUAGUGACUACAGAAGAUAAACAAGUAUUGGAGGCACAAUGGACCAACUUUACAUACAAGGUGGGGUUUCCAUCUGAACAACAAGCUCUUGAGAUCUUGUGCCGAUAUGCUUUUGGACAAAGCAUCCCACUAGACGGUUUUAAAGAUCUUGCUAUUGAAGUAGCAAAGAUUGGCGGUAAUCUUCCAUUGGGUCUCCGCGUAUUGGGUUCAUCUCUGUGCGGAAAGAGCAUAGAUGAGUGGAAACAAACCAUGUCUAGGCUCAGAACAAGUCUUGAUGGAAGAAUUGAGAGGAUAUUAAGGACUGCCUACAAUGAUUUACACGAGAAAGAUAAAGCUAUAUUCCUUCACAUCGCAUGCAUGUUCAAUGGUGAGAAGAAGGAUCUAAUUGUGCAUUUGCUCGAUAAAAGUCGCCUAGAGGUCUCUCUUGGGCUCCUUAACCUGGAAAAGAAAUCUCUCAUAGAUAUAUCUACCGACAAGUGCAUUGUCAUGCACCAUUUGCUACAACAGAUGGGUAGAAAAGUCGUCAGCUCAAAAAAGCUCAAAAAACGACAAUUUUUGCUUAAAGCUGAAGAGAUUCUUGAUGUACUUACUCAUAACAAAGGUACCGGGGCAAUUUUAGGUAUAGCUUUGGACAUAUCUGAAUUGCAACACGAGUUGGUUAUUAGCGCGACGACCUUCCAAGGCUUGUAUAACCUUAUGUUCUUAAGAAUCUAUGACAAUGGAACUGAUAGAAACAAUAAAUUACACUUACCUCAAGGUAUGGUUUAUCUACCUAAUACACUUAGGUUGAUGUAUUGGAGUGCAUAUCCAUUGGCGACUUUACCUUCUAGUUUCCAUCCUGAAUUUCUGGUGAAAUUCAGUAUGCCGCAUAGCAAGCUUGAGCAACUUUGGCAAGGAAUACAACCCCUUGGAAGCCUUAAACUCAUGGAUCUUAGUUUCUCUAAGAAACUGAAAGAAAUUCCUGAUCUUUCAAAAGCAAUUAAUAUCGAGAAAUUGGAUAUCUCUCAAUGCGAGAGUCUAGUCACGCUUCAUUCCUCGAUAUGUGAACUUCAUCAACUCAAGGACUUGAUCAUGUGGGGUUGUUCAAAGAUUGAGUAUGUUCCGACAAACAUCAACUUAACAUCUCUCGAUUCCUUGUAUAUGAGCGGGUGUUCGAGUUUGAGAAGUAUUCCAAACAUGUCUACAAACGUCAAGUAUCUCUCUCUAGGGAAAAUGUCGCAUACAUUUUGGUCUCAUUUUGCUGCAUCAAGCAUUUCUCGCAAUACAUUCUCACAAACUCUGAAGAGUAUUCAGGUCCUGCGUCUAAGCUAUAAUAACUUCGUGAGCAUUCCAGAUUGCAUCAAAGAGCUCUCUGAGCUGCGAUACCUUUUCCUCAAGAACUGCAGAAAUCUCAUAGAGCUACCUGAGCUUCCGAGUUCGCUAGUUGUUCUUUUUGCAGAAAAUUGUGCGUCCCUACGGACAAUAUCUAACCCUUUCCAAAACUCGAAUAUGGUUCUCGAUUUCGGUAACUGCUUGAGGCUGGAGCCAGAAGCACGUGAAAUCAUCCUGAAUUCAAGUUGCGAGUAUGCAUUCUUACCGGGUGAAAACGUGCCUACAUACUUCACUCGUCAAGUCCGUGGAAGUUCCCUGACCAUCCAUUUGGGUCAGAGGCCCCUUUCAUCAUUCUCACGGUUCAAGGCAUGCGUUGUGCUUGCAAGCGGAGAAGGGGUCUACGAUGGAGUUAUGUCUUGCAGCCUCGUAGCCAGAGAUAGCGGCUUGGUCUUUAAGCAUGAAUUGUGGAUGAGGUAUCCCUAUGAGCUUUUAGGGGAUCACCUUUGUAUGUUUGACCUUGUCUUCACAAGCGAAGACAAUGAUCUUGAAGCAGAAAGGUGCUACGGUGAUGCACUCAUUCAAUUUAGUUGUACUCCUUACAACAUUAUCGGAUGCGGUGUACGGUUCUGACAAUAACAUAAAGAAGCUGCUUGUCCAUGAAGACUGUUGCAGAGUCUACUUGUCCAAGCAUGAAGAUAAGAUGGAAUGGAAGUUGAUUAUCAAAAAAAAAAAAAGAUUGAAUGGAAGUUAUGUUUUUAUCAGUUGAUGUAGCAAUUUUAAUGCCGGUUUGAUUUUUCCCAACUACCUAUGUAUGAACAAAUUAUAUAAGUGUGUUAUGUUGAUAUAUGAAAAUAUGUGAAGAAGUUUGAGUAACCCAGAAAACGUUUUUGAAACAACAAAGUUAUAAAAUUUCUAAAAAAAUAAAUAGUUUUUAUUAUUAUUCGAUUUUAUGGCUUUGAUUACAGAUUCGGUUCGCCGUUUGAUUUAAGAU